UUGUACAAUCCAUUUUGUAGGUCAAUUGAGCCUCUUCUACAAUGGCAGAGAAAACGAUGAAGAUGGGCACGCGAGUGGAGGUGAUAGGGAAGGGAGUGGUGGGAACAGUGGCUUACAUGGGCACCACCAUGUUCUCUGCUGGAAAGUGGAUAGGUGUUGUUCUUGACGAGGCGAAAGGUAAAAACGAUGGAACAGUUCAAGGAAAGACUUACUUCACCUGCCCAGACAACCACGGUAUAUUCGUUCGCCAGUCCCAAAUUCAGGCCAUAGACGAUGAUGGGCCACCCACCACAACAUCAACAACAACAUCAUUGCAUGAGCCUCCCCCUCCGUCAGAGCCCUCUCCGCCAGAGACACCCAAGCCUUCUGGGCUCCUAGCGCCCAUUUCUUCGGGUGUUCCAGCACCCACCCCGUCAUCAGGGUUACCAACACCCUCUCAAGGUCAGAGGUCGAUCAAGAAGUCAGGACUGAGACCACCAAGCUAUGCUGGCAAAGGUGCUGAAUCAGAGGUCGCUGCAACUCCUAAAAGGGCCACCAGCAUCCCUAAGGAUCUAGCCGUCGGGGGUACCACCCCAGCCCCUAGGUCCAAGGAAGGUAGCCCCGCUCUGUUGACACGCCCAGAAAGCAAGGAGUCCCUGAACGAGAAAGCUCCCUCUCUCUUGGCAAGGCCUGCUAGCAAGGAAUCCCUCAAUGAGAAAACCCCUGACUCGCGUUUGAGAAAGCCUGGAGCGAGCAAAGGAACUGGGAAUCAGACUCCAACUCCUCCCUCUCAGAGUGAUGGAAAAACUGAAAAUGAAAUUGAGGAGUCCAACACUAACAGCAGCAUCCAAGAUGGGCAUGUUGACAUUGAGGAAGACAGCGAGUUUGCUGGCUUGGCCUCUGAUAUUCUGCAUAUUAGAUCACCAGCGGUGGACCUGCGUGCACUGACAACCUCCAUUGAUAGUCAGAUGACAAAUCUUCAGCAGCAGCAGGAGAUAGAAGGACUGAGGGCGGAGGUGAAAGACCUGAAUGAGAAGCUGGAGACGUUGAUGGCAAAGCGGGCCGAGGACCGACUGAAACUGAAGGAGUCAGAGAAGACAAAGAUCCAGUUGCAGCAGCUGCAAGAGUACAAGUCCAAGAUGCAGGAGAGCAAUGCAGAUCUACAGAGGCAGCUACUGGCAGCUAAGAAGGAAGCACGGGACAGUUCGGAGGCCUUUGAGCAAUACAAGGAGGAGAUGUCAGACCUGGCAGAGACAGUAGAGAUAGCAACACUCGAUAAGGAGAUGGCAGAGGAAAAGUGUGAAGCUCUACAACAAGAGUUAGAGCAGUACAAGGAGAAGUGUGAGGAGCUGCAGGUCGAUAUGGAAAUACUGAAAAAUGAAAUCAGUGACAAAGGUACUGAUGGUGUAGCCACAGAUUUCACUGUGAAGCAGUUGAACCAGCAGAUUGAGAGACUGAAAGAGGCACUUGUCAAGAUGCGAGAUCUUUCAAACCAAGAAAAGCAUGACAACGCAAAGCUUCAAAAGCAGACAGAGAGCAUGACAGCAGAGAUGAAACAGUUGAGGAAGGACAAGGAACGUCUCUCAGGGGAGGUGGCUCAGCUGCAGGAACAGCACAUAGAACUGCAGGAGCAGGUGGAUGCGGCCCUGGGUGCAGAGGAGAUGGUAGAACAGCUGACAGAGAAGAACCUCACCCUUGAGGAGAAGAUGAACGAGCUGCAUGAUGAGAAGGCUGAUCUGGAAGCCAUGAAUGAGAUGAAUGAAGAAUUGCAGGAGAAUGCCAGAGUUACGGAACUUGAAUUGAGAGAAGAAGUCGACCUGUCUCAUGCCAAAACAAUUGAGGCUGUGAGAAAACUAGAGGCAAUGCAGGAAACCAUUUCUGACUAUGAGAAGACCAUCAACAAGUUCAGAGAGCUCGUCUCUACCCUGCAGGAGACGAUUCGAGAGCUGAAGAGCAAAGAAGGCGGCACAACAGAGGCCAAGGUGGAGACGCCGUCCAUGGACAUGAUGGACUUCAAGACAAAGUUUGCCGAGACAAAGGCCUUCGCUAAGACCAUCGACAUGGAGCUGCGUAAACUGGAUGUGCAGCAGGCUAACACACACGUUCAACUGCUGCAGUCCUUUAUGUCAGAGUCCUUCCUGAAGCGCGGAGGAGAUCAUGAUGCCAUCCUGGUACUAUUAAUGAUACCCAGGAUCAUUGCCAAGUCAGACCUGUUGGCCACACAAGUGAGAGAUAAGUAUGAGCUGUUGAACUCGUUUGACAAGUCUACGGUGCUGAAGUCCCAUCAGGCAGAGCAGAGCAGCUUUGCCAACCACAUGAUACUGAUAUUGAGUCUGCUACAAAGUGUCAUGAGACAGUAUGACAGUGCUCUGAAGACAUGCAGUGUGGACUUGUUCCUGAAAGUGGGGACCCUGCUACCAGAAAUGGCGGCCCAUGAAAAGUCCCUGGACCACUAUAUAGACUUGCUGAGGAAAGAUCAGUUGGAUGAAACUACAUCUGUGGAGCUGUUGGAGAAAUCCAUUAACUUCUUCCAGCAACUGUACUCAGUGCACCUGUCGGGUGAAGAGGUCAACUGCACGACCUUCAUGAACGACCAGACCAGACUGGUCCUCAGUGCGUGUGAAUGCAUCACGACAGACAUAGGACGGCUCAAAGUCCUUAUUUUGCCUGGACAUGAGAAUACAGAAAUCUCCAUUCUGCUGCGAGACCUGGAAAACUACAACAAUGAUGCCCGGAUGUGUGCUAGAAAGAUUGAAACUCGAAAUGCACAGAUAUUUUCGAUAUUGUCUGCGGUGAAGCGCCGUCUACCGCAAGGUGACUUUGCAAACACUGCGACUCCCCUGAACUUCAGCAAGGAGAUUCAGGAGCUGAUCACCACCACUGGAGGUCACAUGCUGAAGGUUGCCAAGACCCUGCAGUUCCUUGCAGCAGGAUCCGUACAGCAGGCUGCUCUCCUUACAGAUGGGACGAUGGAUUUGGACAAGUUCAAGGAUACAGAGGGGAUCAUGCCGAAGAAGUUGGAGGAGAUUGCAUACCAGGCCUCGGACAAGGUGUACGGCAAAGAGGAUACAGGGCCAUAUGAGUGCCUCAGGUUGUCAUUUGGUGUGGUUGUUGGCACAAUGAACAGGACUGCUAAUGCCAUGGAAAAUGGGGAGUAUGACUUUGAUGGAACAGUGGAUAAACGGCCUGUGCCCCCAGUUGUGCUGCGGUCAAACACGAUCAAGGCCCAGAUCUCGGAUAUUGAGGCUCUCAAAGUGAAGAUGGAGAACAAGGAGGAAUCCAUCAAGGAACUCAAGAAACAACUCAAAAUAAAGCAAGAGGAGAUAAGUGAACAGCAACUCCGUGUGGGCCAGGUGGAGAAGAAGUUGGAGACUGCGUCACGUGACUCGGAGGAGAAGGUGGACAUCAUACAGAGGAAACUGGACGACACCACCAACAACAUGAGGAAAAAGGAGAAGGAGUUCGAGCAGACAAUGGAUGCCCUCCAGGCUGAUAUAGACACGCUGGAGCAGGAAAAACAGGAGCUCAAGGAACGCCUCAGUGUCCUCUCUAAGAAAACACUCCUAGAGGGGCUCUCACGUCAGGCUGGACACUCCGCUGCCUCCAGUGCAGGUGCCCUAUCUCCUAGCAGCAGCUUCUCUGCCCAGGAAUCCCCUGUCCUACUGGCACAGAUUGACUCCCUGAAACAAGCUCUUCAUCAUUCAAGAUUAGAAAAUGUCAGACUCUCUGCCGAUGGAAUGAGGGAGCAAAUGGCCCGCCUGCCUCCCCUGCGAGUCCCCAGGAAGUCAAUCGGCCGGGGAGCUCAAGGGGUCAGCGUUGCCGUGGGUGAGCUGCCAGAGGGCGUGCCAGGCAAGAUGGAGCUGGGCACUCUGGCUAAGCAGACAUCCGAGCUACUGAAGACUGUGAACUCUUUAAGCUGUUGUCCACGAGUCAUUGACAUCAGCAAGCGGAAACCAGGAGUGGAGCCCGUUUCCAUGGUGACCAAUCCUAAGCAACAACUCGUGAAUAAAACUGCAACCUUGACCUUGCUGGAGAAGAAGACAAACGAGCUUCAAGUGCAAGUGACCCACCUUCUGGCUGCCAACAGGACUGGAGGUCAAGUGAGGACAGACUUCUCUGUGUUCCCUACACCAGAGUUUGCUAGGGUGUUACACGAGAAAUCCGGAGAUAGCGUGCUGGUGGGUCGUAUCACCGUACCGAUGGCUGGAGGGGCGGGGCAGACUAUACCCCUCAAUGUGAACGCUGAUCAGCUGCUACGCUUCCACAGUAUCAUGAUCACAUCGGCCAGUUAGUGGGCGUGUUCCGACCAAUGUGCAAUAUGGAGAUGUUUGAGAUUUCUUUGAACGUUUGUUUAAGGUGUAGUUUAAAAAAAAAUCUUUAAUUUAUGUAUACGUGAACAAUGUACAAUUUUACAUGAAUGGAAUGUUCAGCAAUAAAUGAGAACAAAUGAUAUAAUUGUGUAUGGUUCCUGUGCAUUUUUGUUCCUUUAAGAUGUACUAAAUGUAAUAAUCAUGCGUACCAUUCUGAUAAUGAAGACUGAUUAGAUUUCUUCUAAAGUUUUGUCCUUUUUUAGAAGAAAUAAAGCUAAGAAACAUUUGUAUAGCAUUCUAAUGAUUUACCCAUAUGUAAUUUCUUGGAAAGAUUUAUUCCUAUUUUAUUUUGUAAUUGAAGCUUUGUAUGGCCUAGAAAAUAAUUUGUUUUUACUAAACACUUGGUUUUCUAUUUAUUUCAUCAUAUUCUGACUAUAUUUUGAAAGCCACUUUUCAAUGUGGAAAACAUUAAAGUUAUGUUGCUUGCAUUUAUUUUUUCUCUUGAAAUAUUCUUAAUAUGCGUAAUAUACUUGGCAACAUAUAAGUAUGGAGUUCUGCUAAUGUUUAUUUUUUGUUAUAAUUAUACAAGUAUACUCUUUUACAUGGUGUUAUGUAAAUCAAUUAAAUAUGUCUAUAAUGCUGGGAAAAUUACCAUUUUCUCUUUUAUAGUGAUCAGGAAAAUUAAACAAAAUCAUGUUUAAUGUUGCUGGUACAUGUUUGGUACAUUUGGAAAAAAUAUAAAUAAUCUAAACUAUGUGACAUUUAUGUUUACAAAUAUCAGUAUUGAUUUUGUACAUGUUUUUUGUGCUGAAAACAAACUCUUUGAACCACUGAUAUUUCUAAUUACAUGUAUACCUUCAAGUGCUUUGUUUAUUCUGAAUUGUUUGCCUACACACAUGAUCAAUAAAUAGUAUUUAAUAAAACACUCAAUUGCAAAUAGCUGUUUUUUGUAAUUUAAGGGAAAACAUUUAGUUUUAAAUACAACUGAUUUGGUAAAAAAAUGCGUUUACAGUGUAUUUACUUAAUUGUGUUGAUUCAAUUUAAAUAGUGGAAUAAUACAUUAUUAAUGGAUUCAUUGAAAAUAAAACCAUUAUCUUGUUUGUAAUAAUAACACAAUUAUUAUAAAUGUAAUUGCCUUUAUUGUUGUUUAUAAUUAUGUUAUUGGUAACACUGUGCUAUUUCUUUCAGAGCGUUUGUUUAUGGAAUUCUGUUACAAUGAGUUUGCUUUGGUUAUUGGUGUUGAUUCUUCAAUGUGUGGGAAUUAAAUUUGUAUUGUACGCUUCUGUAAAAAGCAAAAUAAAUACUACACUGACCAAAAAUAAAUACCAAACAAGUCGAGGCUUUGUGUUGUCAAAAUGCAGUAUCAGUACACGAUUUGCAUUGCUUUAAAUUAUAGUCAGUCCUGUUUCAAAAUACAUGUACCUAGCAAAUGGGAAUAAUGAACUUUGCAAUAUAUGAAGUUGUAAUAUAUAAACAACAAUUUGGUUAGCUAUUGGGCUUUUUUUGUAAAUGUGCUGAAGUAUGUGCUACAAGAACAACAUUUAACUAUGUAAUUGUUUAACCAAAGUAUUGGCAAUGUUAUGGUAGCAGUCUGCUUUCAGUGAAAAAUAAACGUUUAACAUGA